UUAGACUUAGGUCCUCCCGCGCCGAUCGGCGCAUUGGGCGGCAAGCUGUCUCCACAAAGAUCUGUCAUUGGCAAUGUCUGAAGCCUCCUCCCACCUGGUGUCCACUGUUCUGAGGUCCUCCAUGAAGGUGUGUCGCCAAGUAAUCGAGGACGUCCCUGUUUGCGCUUUCCUCGUAUUGACUUCCAUGUCAUCGCAACUCUUGACCAUCAGUAUUAUGAUUCCCAAUAAGAAGAACUCUGGUGAUGAAAUUUACAAGGGAAUAAUUUCAUCCAUAGGAAAUUUGGGGAAAAUGCGGAAAUUUGAAGACUUUGAGGUCAUCGUUGAAGGUGAGCACAUUAAGUGUCAUUCAUUCCUACUCGCCUCUUGCUCGGAGUUUUUCAGAAAUCUGCUUGACUCAAAUAUGAAAGAGAAACAGGACAUGAAAGUGGACUUACCCAAUGUUACAUCUAAGACAUUUAAGCUGAUUCUCAACUCAUUGUACACAGGAGAAUUGUUGUUAACUAACGACAAUGUUUUGGAUGUCUGGGCUGCAGUUCACCAGCUUCAGAUUGAUUUCUUAGUUCAGCACUGUGAAGAUUUUAUUGUUGUUAAUGUUACCGUGGAGACGUUUCAGUCGUUCAAGAAGCAAGCCGAUGUUCUUCAGUGCCAGAGAUUCGCGGAGAGAGUCUUUCCGUUCCUUUGUCAAAACUUCAUGACGCUCAGAAAAUCGCUCACUUUUUUAAAAUUAGAUCUCACUGACCUCACGAAUCUCAUCGAAAGUGACCAGUUAGAUGUAUUCUCUGAAGACCACGUCCUCUACUCAAUCUAUGACUGGGUCAGCUAUGGAAACUCCAAAAGCCCAAAUGUUCGGGGAAUGAGAAUUAAAGUCAAAGCGAACAACCUGGCAGCAGUUUCUAGCUCAGAGGAUUCCAAUGCUAACGCUGAGACUUCUUCUCCUGCUGCGCGAGAUGAAUCUCAAAUCAAAGGGAAUGAAGAAGACGCCCCAUUAGUGACAAGCUUGAAUCAGGCUAACAGGAGAGCACUUCACCUGCAUACACUUUUAAAAAGUAGCAGAUACCUGCUCGCCUCUGAGAAUUGCAUCGAAAUGCUAAUGAGGAACAAAUUAACACAGGGUAUCUCAGAAGUGAAGAAGUUUUGGUCAGAGAUAUCCGCAAGGAACGUUUCCGGCCCUCUAAGUGGCUUUUGGCCAAACGCAGCCAUUCAUCGUGCGUGUAGCCCCUAUGAGCAUGUGGCUGUGGUCUGCGGCUCUUUCGUUGAAGCGUAUUCAUUCGAAAAUAAAAGUUGGACUCAUCUUACAUCCUGGGCAAUAAACUCGGUUUUCAAAGCAGUCAACUUGAACGGCAGACUUUACGGUCUGACAAGAAACGGGGACACUUCAGAAUUGGUUUGGUUUUCAAAAAACAAAUGGUCCAGUCUUCUGAGUUUAAAUAUUAAAAUGCAGCAUCUUUUAUCGCAUGAGAAGUGUAUUUACAUUUUCAGCUCUGAAAAUGUAAUAACGAAAUGUCAAAUCGCCAACGAAGUAAUUCGAUCAGAACCUUACAUUCUGGAAACUGAAGAAUUUAAUCACUCUAUUAGUAAUGCAGAGUAUGCAGUCAGUUUCUAUACGAAUAUCCUUGUCUUUGAGUCAAUAGGGACCUGCAGGAGAGCGAGAACAGCAGUCCAUGAAUGGAACGAAGCGAAUAAUGUCUGGUCACGGGUAGCCGAUCUUGACUUCAACUGUGGCAAAAUGACCAGCUUCAAUGAUGAAACCUACUUGUACAUACUCGACAAAGCUGGGAGUUUGUAUCGUGUGGAGGCAGCUGAGACUGUUCAAUUCUCAUUUAUUGAGCAAAUUUGGGAUUUCCGAGUGCAUCUAAAAGGUGCGUUCUUGUUCAGGGAAUGUCUGUAUAUCUGCGGGAGGCAGAGUGAAGAUGGUGAAUUUGUAACAGCGGUUGAGAAGGUCUAUUCCUCCUUGACAUUUAUUGAAAAGACAAUGCCAAGGCGAUGCUUUGUUCCGUUUCUUAUGGAAAGAAAGAGCAGAUUUUCUGACUGGGUAGAAUAAGGUAGAAUAAGGUAGAAUAAACCAACCAAAUAGAACAGAAUUUAGCUUAUGGUGUUCAAGUUCAAAUUAGAAGCGUAAGAUUUAUUCUGUUUCUUUUAAUCAGAAUUGUAAUUCUUACUUUUUAACAACUGUUUGAGGUGUCUUUAACUUACAUAAAUAAAGUCCAAACCGUGUUUUUUAUUUUUUAAAAAUGUUAUAAACAUCUGAUAAUAGAAAUAGUGGAUGAAUUAAAAACUAUAAAAGAAUAAAGGUUGGUAGGCUUAA